ACUCCAUAAGUGGCAGCUAAUAAAACAUCGCUGUUCUCAAUAACCCUAGUCUUUAUCUAGUCUAACCAGUCGUUUGAGAAGCGCCUCACUGGACCAUUGUCUUCUUUCACCUGGCGCUUCUCUUCUUCAUCACGCCUGUAAGGAAAUCUUGCUGCCAUUUGUGUAUUCCAUGGAAAAAGUGCUGGGCAAACAAACAUUCUCUCUAUCCUCUGGCAAAGGUUAUUAAUUCUACAUCUUGCAGAUUGUUACAAAAGAGGAGUUCAUGAUACUUUUGUCAUACAAGUCAUACAAUACGCAACGCAUCUAUGGUCUUGGACCCUUUACAACACAACUGACCAACGGUCAAAUAGCUGACCCACUGAGCCAUUCCAAACAAUCCGUCACAAUCACUGAAAUGAUGUCCACUGUGGAAAUUACCAGUAACGAAUGAAGAACUUGAGAAGUUGAUGGGAAGCAAGUGAAAAGGGGGUUGCCACUUGGAAAAACUGCGCCGACCGACCGAGCAAUCAACCGACCGACCGACCGACCGACCAAGCGAGCCAACCCCCCCACCCCCUCCCAUAACACCCCGUAACCCAUUAACUUCCUGAUCUACCCCCACCCCCCAAACAACCACCACGUCACCCCAUCCGCUUCUCCUCCCUUCCGGAGCACGGUUGGCCAUGGAUGUAGACUCUAAUGACGGCACAGCAACCGAGUCUCUCAAUGGAGAGACGAAACCAGACCCGGCGAAACUGGCACAGAGUGCCAUCAUCAAGCAGGAUGUUAUGUUAUCAGCGACGAGUACCCAGUCGCCGUUGGCAACGGUGUCAUCUGUGUUCACCAUGCCCACAGUUUCAAAUGUGUCUGUGGCCAAUAACAGUGGCAUUGGAGGUCUGCCUGAUCAGCUGUUCACGUCGGUACCCUCCGUAGGAGAAAACACCACCACACACACUGUUACCGAUAUCAAACCAGAGAUCAAUGGUACAAUAUCGGCCCUUUCCAAUCAACCCCAGCAGUUAUUUAGUCAACCGCAAGUGGCACCACAGUUUUUCAUUGCUGGUCAGCAUUUAACCCAAGGACAAACUACAGGUUCAUCUCUACCAGUCCAACAGCUUCUGAUUCCUGUCUCUACAGGUAAUGGUACACAACAGUUUAUCAGUAUACCAGUGUCGCUAGCAACCGGAGGCAACCAGCAGAUACAGUUGCUGACAACGUCCAAUGGACAAAUUAUUGCUACCAACCUCUCCAGUCUUCAGGGUUUGGCACAACCUCUCAAUAUGACUGCCGCUGCUGCUGCUGCUGCUGCCGCCGCCAACACAAAUGCUGCUGCAGGCUCCAUCAAUUCACACACAUCAAACGGUACCACUAGCAAUCAGCAAACAACCAACCAGUUGUUGGCCAAUCAAGUUUCUUCAUUACCUCAACUGCUCACCAAUGCUCAAGGUCAAAUUUUGGCAGUCGGCCCACAGCAAGUGUUAACACCUGUUUCUGUCCCACAUGUGAAUUCGACAACCUCCAACUUGUCUGGCCAACAACCUGUGAACAAUGCCACCACCAAUGGAGGCUGCAACCAUCUCAACCAACAGAACCAGGCACACAGUACUGCUGCUGUUGUUGCUGCUGCCACUGCUAGCAGCAGCAGCAGCAGCAACUGCAGCAGCAAUGGUGUGGGCAACAGCUCGACAAAUGGCAGCAAUAACAGCAUCAUCAUAAGCAGCAGCAGCAGCAGUAGUAGCAGUAGCAAUGGUGGCAGCAGUGGCGGCAGUGGAGGUCACAGUAGCAAUAGCAGCAGCGUUGGUGGCGGUGGUAGCGGUGGUGGUGGCGGUGGCAGCAACAACAGCAACAGCAGCAGUAACAACAACAACAACAGCAACAACAAUAACAAUAAUAGUAGUAGUAUCACAAGCAAUGGCAUCAGUAGCAGCUUGGUGCACAGUGUUGCAGCAAGCAACAUCAGCAGCAGCAGCACUCUACGAGGAAACAGCAGCAGCAGCAGCAGCAGUGGUAACAGCAGCAGCAACAACAGCAGCAGCACUGGGCCCUUACUGGGAUCAACAGGGACGACCACAACGGGAGUCAGUGCUAGCAACAACACCAGCAGCAGCAACAACAACAACAACAACAGCAGCAGUAACAACAGCAGCAGCAUCAUCACCAACAGCAGCAACAACAACAGCAGCAGCAGCAGUAACAACAGCAACAAUAACAACAGUACACAUCAAGCAAUCAACUCCAGCAGCAUUCAUUCUAACCUCGUUACUGCUGGUGCUGGGAGCUUGGUCGGUCACCCCCAGCAUCAUGCCAUUGCCAAGACGACGGUUUCCCAGCAGCCGCAACAGCAGCAAACAGCCACUCGCAUCACAGUGGCAGCGCAGUCCCUCACUACCCACACAACUACCUCAGAUGGGCUGCCUCCAAAUGUCAGUCAACUUUUACCCAAUACUGUAAGCAAUUCUACUGAAAGCACAACUGUAGAUGGCAUCAACUUAGAUGAGAUCAAAGAGUUUGCUAAACAGUUCAAAAUCCGGCGCUUAUCGUUAGGGCUAACGCAAACCCAAGUCGGACAAGCUUUAAGUGCAACAGAAGGACCAGCCUAUAGCCAAUCAGCCAUUUGCAGGUUUGAAAAGCUGGAUAUCACUCCAAAAAGUGCUCAGAAAAUUAAACCGGUUCUCGAACGAUGGAUGGCAGAGGCUGAGGAACGUUACAAAAAUGGGGUGCAAAAUCUGACUGAAUUCAUUGGCAGUGAGCCUUCUAAGAAGCGAAAACGACGCACAUCUUUCACACCACAAGCAUUAGAAAUAUUAAAUCAACACUUUGAGAAAAAUACACAUCCAUCAGGUGCUGAGAUGACAGAGCUUUCUGAAAACUUGAACUAUGACCGCGAAGUGAUUCGUGUGUGGUUCUGCAACAAGAGACAAGCGUUGAAGAAUACCAUCAAGAAACUGAAACAAGAAAAUGCUUGAUGGUGAAAUAGAGUGUGGUGAGACUAGCGAGGAACAAUUUUAAUUUUUUUUUUUUUUUUAUUUUUACAAACCGAACGCUUGUUUUGAAACCAGAACAGCAAAACUUAAACACCAACCAACCAAUCAACCAACCAACCAACCAACCAACCAACAAUAAUAAUAACAGUAAUGAUAAAUAAAUAAAUAAAUAAAUAAAUAAAAGCCUACCUGACCGCCAUCACUACCACCACCACCACCACCACCACCACCACCAUUACUGUUGCCACUGCUACCAUUAACUUCAUCACUGUCACAAUUGCAGUCAAUGCCACAAGUAUGUAUUAUCACCAUGCCAUUGAUCAAAGGUCUGUGUGGUAUCUGCAUGGAUUCAAUCUGGAAUAACCUAGGACUAAACAACAGCGACAGCAAGAACAAUAACAACAACCAUUGCCACUACCUUCAUCAUCAUAUCAUCAUCAUCAUCAUCACAUCAUCAUCAUCACCAUCAUCAUCUUCUUCACAGUGAUACCAUCACCAUGACGUACAGCUAUCAUCUGCAAUUUAGGUGUACUGAAGCAUGGAUGGAAGCUACACAACAACAGCAACAAUGACAACAAUAACAACAACAACAGCAACAACAACAACAAAGGCUCCAUGAAACCACGACAAUGGAUGGAUGUCAAGAGCAGCAGCAGUUAGAGAAAUGGUGACGGAUGCCGAUGGUAAUAACAAUGAUGAAGUUGAUGAUGAUGAUGAUGAUGACGAUGAUGGUUACAAUGUUGAUGAUGAUGAUGAUGAUGGAUGGAUGGAUGGUGAUGAUGUGUUUGUGGUGGUGAUAGUGAGGUAGUGGUGGUGGUGGUGGUGGUGCUGCUGCGGUGGUGGUGGUGUUUGUGACGUUUGUGGUGUUUGCAAUGAAGAAAUGGAGAAAGAAGGAUAAACAUGCCAUUGAUGAAUGAAGGGUCAGAAUUUUCACCCGCUGAUAAAAAAAAAAAAACAAAAAAAAACAUGAAAAAUAAUAACAACUACAAUAAUAAUAAUAAUAAUAAUAAUAAUAAUAAUAAUAAUAAUAAUAAU